AUUAGCAGAUAACAAAGGCUGGAAAGCUGCCUUACAAAUAGUUGGAAAUAGUGACAAAAUGAUGGAAAAGUAUAAGGAUCGGAUUCCAGUUUUUAGUAAACCCUGGUCAGAAUCUCCUUUUAGUAGAUGGAAAUAUGGUAGCAAAUCUAGGUAUAUCCAGCAUAAGCGAAAGAGAAGUAAAGACCACAUAUCACCAACAUCAUCUGAAUCAGAAGGGGAGAAUAUGGUUGGGCAGGACGCCAAGGAUCGAUUACAUGUUUCAACUGUGGAGGAAUCGGUCAUAUCGCCUCAAACUGUCCCUCCACAAGUUCAAAGGCCUUUGGUAAACCUAAAAAUGAUGAUUGACUACACUCAGGCCCCUUCGAAAGAACAAGUAAAAAAUAUGGAAUCAGUAGAUACGUUAGUUCAGGCAUCAGUG